CGCUCUCAUUUUGUGGCCAGUUGCGGACUAUACGGGCGUUAGGCUGGUUGUAUAUACUGUACAUAUUUGUAAGUUGUCGUCAUUGAAUGGUUUUUUAGGUUUUGACUCAAAGUAUAAGAUGUUAACAGUUACUAAAGACUUAGUCUAGGAAAUCUAAUAAUUGCCAUACUUAUUUCUAAUGCUAUUAUACGUAGUUUUCCUUGAAACUGCGAUGAUGGGCUUGGAUCCUUAUAACGGAAACACAUUACCGCCCCAUUUGAGCUUUGGCUCUACCACCUGUGUAUAUAUUCGGGAUAGGUGAGGGCAUCAAGCUAACACAUGUCAGCUGAAGAAGUGGCUCGUGUAACUCCUGAUCUGACAGGCUUGUUAUCUACUUCAGUACCACCUCCUGGAUUUUCAGUUGGCGGGUCCACGACUUCAUUGAGUGAUUUGACAGUGAAUACCUCGGGCAAGUCGCUGAAUAUAAGCUAUCCUCCUCACUGGCCUGCUACACUUCCUGAUCUCAGCCUUUCUCUUCUUCAAGAUAGCAGCUCUCAGCUUCCUGAUGGUCUUUGUUUAACUGAUGAUGAUGCAAUUGAUAUAGCCUCUAAUUGUGCUAAUUCGACAGGCGUGUGUUUAGAUAUGUCGGCCAAAGAGAAUAUUGAUGAAUGCAGCUCUGAUCUGUCUCAUCACUUUCACAAUCUUUCUAUAAUCGGUCCUUUGCGUGCAAAUCAAAUUUGGGCUGUUGGCGCCGAACGUCGGAUAAGUACAACACUAGGAAGCGACGCAGCAGCUGAAGGAAGUAGUGGUUCUCAACUACUUUCUUGUUUUGGAGAAUCACAUUGCAGUGGUGGUUCUGGUAAUUUUAGUGUUCUCAGUACCAAUACCAACGGAGUAAACUAUAGUGGCGGUGCCAGUGGAGAUGCACAUCCAUUUGUUGGCAGCGGAGGUGCUGGGGAGAUGACCCCAUUACCUGGACAAAUCGGACACAUUGGUGCACCUUCCAAUGGAAGUGCUGUUUCUGCAAGGUUAGAAAAUAACCAACAUUCGCAGGAAGGUAAUAACAUUGCUCCAUUUGACCUGUUGUCUAUAUGGGAGCCCCGUCAAAACAACUCACAUCAUGUUUGGCUACCUGACCCUUCACAAGAUGCAGCGAACGCAGCUGUGGGUAACUGCUCUGCUACAGGAGAUGACGCGACCGAAGAGCAUGAAAAUCAUAAUCACUUGAAUCUAGGGAUUGACAAUGGGACUGAAAAUGAAGUUCUGCCGUGGAAUUGGGAUGCAACCUGUGGCCUCGCGAAUACAACUUCCUGGCGUGAUUUAUUUCCUGAAUGCAAGGAUUCAGAGUCAACUAAUCUACCGUAUAACACUCCAGAAACUGAUGAUAUCAGUCAUUCUGGGGGACCAGAUUUUGUUGCUCAUACGCCUUCUUCAGGUCUGUGGUCAUCCUCUUUACAUAAUGUAACAUCAUCUAUAGCAAAUUCAACUUCGUCUCCUUUGAACACACAACCUGCUAUGCUUUUCGGAUCUGGAAUGAAUCUUACUCCAGUUUCAAAUGAAAUUGACCCGUUACAAGCAUCACAUCAGCGAGUGCUUCAGGAACAGUCCGAUUCUUUUGGUGUCACUAUGUCUAGGUCAAAUGCGUCUUUGUUUCCACAGUCGAAUUCUGCUUUGAUAAAUUCUCGUGCAGCUGCUUUUCGUAGUCCAGAUAUUAAUGGGGUAUCAGAUGGUACUGUCCAAAGUUUGUUUCCUUCAUCUCCUUCAAGUACAGCUAUGGCGAACGCAUUACUUACUAUUCCUCCUCUUUUCCUAUAUGGCCAGUCAACUGAGUCUGAAAGUUCAGGAAUUAUUACGCAUCCAUCGAAUCUCAGCGCUUUACCUACAUCAUCAACGGCUUUUCAAAUUCCUAUUUCGUUUAUCGGUGGCCAGGUCUCUGCUUUUGGAUCACCAUUUCAAAUGAAUGAAGCCCAGCUUGUGAAUGAAAGUUAUCCUAAGCAUCCGGGUAUUUUGCCACCUCCUGGUUUGUGUGCUAACACACCACCAUCAAGCAAUUGUACAACGCCAACACUCUCUUCAAUCCCAAUUGUCUCAGCAACAUCAUCGGUCUCUCAGUUACCAUCAGGAAGUUUUGACGGAAAUUCGCUUUGUGAAUCUGGUGUUGUAAAUAAUACAUUUCCACCUACUUAUAAUAUGUCUGCGCCUCAAACUAGCAUAAUAGAUCCACAAUCAAUGGCUAUGGCAAUGUCGAUGUUUAUGUCACAAGGUGCAACUAAUAGCAAUCAAAUUCCUCCAACAUUUUCACAAGCGCCUCAGUGGAACCACGUGGCAUUCAUGAUCAUGCAGCAGCUAGCAAAUGGUGUGGCAAAUAAUUCAGGUUGUGUUGGGACAUCGACACCUAAUGCAGUUGUUGAUAGUAUAGCACCUGCUAACGGCAGUAAUAUUAUAGACCAAUCUCGUCUUGCUGCAGGUGCUUUCGCUUUCUUCCAAGCCCAACAACUCAUGAAUGCUGCACAACAACAACAACGUCAUUCCUCUGUCAUCAACAAUAGUGUUACCUCGAAUAAUUCUUCUAACUGUUCUGGUGCUGUUGUUGCUGCUACAAUUGCUUCAUCAACAUCUCUAGUCGCUCCGUUUACUGCUAGUGUCUCAAAUUCGUCCAAUUAUUUUGGUGGUUUAUAUUCAUCUGGUUCAGUUGUUGCUGGGUUAGCUCCUGGCAGUUUCUCAGUACCUAAUGGUAUAAAUUUGCUGCCACCAGUUACUCUGUUACAUCCUGAAGCAAGUGGAAGUCAAAAUUCAAUCGCCGUAGAUGUAACUAGUUACAGUCGUAUGCCAGUUUCUCAACCUCCCGGUUGUCUCGCCGUUACUAUGCAUAUUUCACCGAUAGCACCAUCAGGACUACAAAGACCACCAUUAUCUGUAUCAGCUGGAUUUUCAUCGCCUGCUCCAUACCCAUUCAAUUUCGAUGCGUCGAUGCAUAAGAAUCGUGCUUUCGCUGCCGCCUUUGCUGCUGCGUCAGGUGUAGCUGUUACUGCCACACCACCGCCUGGUAUGGGUCCCAACCCUAACCUUCGGCCUAAUGGAGUGAACCACCCGGCUCUUUUAGGAAAUAGAGCUCCGGUUCCGCCGCCUCUCAUGCCUGUUGUUACUGGUCGUAGUCCUGGUUUACUGUCUGCUGUUCAUCCUCAAACUGUCCAACAAGCUCCAAAUUAUGCCGCCGCUCUGCAGUCACAUCAAAACAUCAACCAGCGACUUCCAGCUCCAUUGCUUUCACCACUUCCUUUGACUUUAUCUGGUACUGCUUCUUCCAGACCUAGCUCAGUUGUUGGUGUAAACAUAACGACGUCUACCCCACUGGUCGCUACAACUGUCUCUAGUCGUAGUCAACUUCUCGAAGAUUUUCGUAAUUCUAGUGCACGCUUUCAGCAUAUGCAUUUGUCUGAGUUGCGUGAUCAUAUGGUUGAAUUCGCUCGUGACCAACAUGGAUCUCGUUUCAUACAACAGAAGCUAGAGACAGCUACUACAGCAGAAAAGAAUUCAGUUUUCAAUGAAAUAUUACCACAUUCAGGCAAAUUAAUGACUGAUGUGUUCGGUAAUUAUGUGAUUCAAAAGUUUUUCGAGUUUGGAACUAAGGAACAGAAAGAGCAUCUAUCUCAACGUCUGCAAGGUCAUGUAGUUGAAUUCGCUACACAAAUGUAUGGCUGUCGUGUUAUACAAAAAGCACUGGAAUCUGUACCUGCUGAAGCAAAAAUACAUAUUGUUAGUGAAUUAAGACCAUAUGUGACUAGGUGUGUUAAAGAUCAAAAUGGAAAUCAUGUGAUUCAAAAGUGUAUUGAAUGCGUUCCACCUGCAGAGCUUGAUUUCAUUAUCUCAGCUUUUCGCGGUCAGGUUGUUUUGCUUUCAUCACAUCCUUAUGGUUGUCGAGUGAUUCAGCGUAUUUUGGAGCAUUGUUUGCCAGAACAAACGCGUCCUAUCUUAGAUGAGUUGCAUAAAGGCGUAGAGAAUUUGGUUAAAGAUCAAUAUGGGAAUUAUGUUAUUCAACAUGUAUUGGAGCAUGGUUCAAAUGAAGAUAAAUCACGCAUUAUACAAAGUUUACGUGGUCGUGUAUGCGCGUUAAGCUCGCAUAAAUUUGCAUCAAAUGUUAUGGAAAAGGCUAUCGCCAAUGCUGCAGCCUCUGAAAGAGCUCUAUUAAUCGAAGAAAUUCUACAUCCAGUGUCCAAUGUUGGUGUCAAUGGCGGUGAUGCUUCACUAACAAAUAAUAAUGUAUCAUCAUCUCUGGUAGAUAUGAUGAAAGAUCAGUACGCAAAUUAUGUAGUCCAACGUAUGCUAGAAUUGGCUGAUGCUGAACAACGUCGUGUACUUAUCAAUAGAAUACGUCCAAUGCAGAAUACAUUACGUAAAUACAAUUAUGGUAAGCAUAUAAUAGCUAAAUUAGAGAAAUACAAUAACACUAGCGGAAAUAACUCUGUCAAAGGUUCGUCUACAUCUCCACCAACUAAUUCUUCAACCAAUCACAAUUCGAAGAAUAACAAUAGUAGUAGUAAUGGUACAGGUACUACAACAGUUACUAACAAGUCAACAUCGAAUGCAGAAAGUAAUACUGUCACAAGUCAACAAAAUGAGUCUACUGCUGCUGCUACUAUGACUACUACUUCUACUACCACAAGUAAUACUAAUAAUAGUAACACCACCUCCAAUAACAACAAUAGCAGUACUGUGAAUUCAAAUCAUAAACCAAGUGAAAAAUCCAACCAUCGUACAUAAUUUACAAUGUAUACAUGUGUGAUCUAUCAAUUGUAGUACGAAAUUGAACUGAACUUGAACAGUGUUUCUUUGUUGCUUUUUCUUCUUGUAUCGACGUAUAUUAUAUUGCAUACACAUACGACGCAUUCAUUAGUUAGUGUAGUUUUGCUCCUUCUAUUUGUGAUUGCUAGUUUUCAUUGUUGUCUUUCUUUUGUUUUCUACAUCAAUCAAUUAUUCAACCCUUCUUAUAUGGAUACCAGUUUAUGUAAAAAGUUUAACCCAAUAGGGUCGUUUUAUGUAUUUAUAUGUUUUCCUGUUUGCUUUCUCUCUCUCUCUCUCUCUAUCGUUCACACUCACAAUGUUAUCUGUUACCAAUUCUACUAUGAACUAGCUGCAUUGUUUGUUUUCUUUUUCUUAAUGUAAAUGUCUUUAUGCUCAGACUCAUUCGGUAUGUAUCAUAUGCAACAUUGUGAUAUGGAUAGAUCUCUAUUCGUAUACCCGCUUGGGCUGUGCUUCGUUGGCGAUAUAUAUAUAUAUAUCAUUUGUACCUAUACAUGUACUGUUACAUAACUAGUCCUUAUGAUCUCUUCCCACUCAAUAUUUAUGUGAAUUAUUACUGUUUGUUCUUUAGUCUGUUCAUCCUAACGCAAAUAUGUACAGUAUUCAAUUGUAUGCAGUUGGUAUUUAUUCCUGUUGUAAGUAAAUAACGCGCAUUGAUUAUUCCUUCGUACGCUUUUCUGUUUUGCCCUUCAAUGUAUGUGUACCCGAAUGUGGGAAAUCUGUUAUAUAUGUAUACAUAUAAAUUGUUUUGUUCAUUUUCUUUUCCCUGUUCAGUAUUUUUUCUGAUCUGUUGGUGUUAUCACAUUACUUAAAGAAUUAUAGUAGUACUAGCGACAAUAAUUAUCAAUACGCUUUACCAAUUAUUAUUAAUUCUUACGAAUCAAACUGUAUACAUCUUGUCAUCUAUUGUUUAUAUGCUUGUGUCAUUCUGUUCAAAAUUCAGCUUGACAUUCACACAUGCCAAAGUUCACAAUAUAUAGUGUGUUGCUGUCUUGUAAAAAAGUUAAUCUGAUUACCAACUUUGUCCUGCAUACAUACAUUGUUACCCUGUAUUGAUCUACAGACUAUAUCUGGGUUCGUCACACUGAGUAUAUAUACCAAGUUCUAUUUGUUGUGUAUACAUUCUAAUUCUUUGGCUGUUACGUUGUAUGUAUAUUGUGCUUGCAUCUCUUGUAUCAUUGUUAUUACUGUCAGUCUUAGUUAAUCAUUAGUACACACAUCUGCCCUCAUCCCUUGUAUUAUUAAAAAGUUUGGUGUUUUCUGUAACAUCAUUCUGUCCUACUCUUACAUUUCUAUUCUUAUACCUAUUUCAAUCUUGCUUGCUUAUGUUAAGGUUGAUUUGUAUUGGAAAAUCUCCUUUUGAUUUUCUUAAUUUGUGUUAAGUUGUGAUGUGAUGUGAUUGUUCUUAUGGCGUUCAGGUAGGUAUUCACCGUCUUAUGUUUCUCUAUAUAUAUAUAUGUGUAUCUAUACCCAUUCACUAUUGUUAUACAUUCAUUCUUUAACACAAUAGUUUAGACUUCGAAUCUGUUAGCGUUUCCAAGUUUACAUUCAUUGUUAUGAUUACAGUCGUCUCCUAUUUUGUUAGUUCUUACAGUUUUCAUUGGCUAAUUCUACUACUAUUUAUUAUAUAGUCUUUGUCUCAUCUUCUCUGUUGUUGUCUUUUCGUUCUCUCCCAAUUACUCCGUAUUAUUCGAUUUUGAACAAUAAUCACUAUUCUUCCCCUACGUUGAGUGAUGUCAUCAAAAGAAAUAUAUAUAUAAAUGAAUCUAAAUUUGGGAAGUGUUACCUACUGUUUGUUAGUCCCAUGUGGUCUCUAUCUUAUCACAUGGGACUUGUAAAUUAUCUCGUGUAUUCAUAUAAUUAAUAUUACAUUGUUAAAUAUAUAUAAAUCAGUUCGUU